CAGCGGCUUCACUGUGGCUUGACUCAGCAACGUUAUUUCUUUUAAUAUUUACUUUCAAAUUGCCUUUGUCAUCUCAAUCGAAAACAUACAAAAAUAAGCACACCACGGCAAGUAAACAACAAUAAUGGCGCCUGGCAAGGCAAAAACCCGGUCCAGGUUUGGGAAAGCGAACGCGGAAGUGUGUAGGAAGUAGUUCUCCCUUCCGUGUUUUGUCUCGUCUGAAUCGCAUAAUCGCCACAGCUCUUUGGGCCACUUAAUCAAAUGAGACGGUGUGUCGAUCAGCUCAAGGUUGACAAAUGUGAAGCGUGACAAGCGGAGGAGCUGGUGCAUCAUGGGGAACACACCAUCGAAGAGCGACGGUGGAUAUGAGCCUCCCAAAACAACUUUAUUUGAAAAGGAGCCGAGUGGCGUCACGUACAGAAUCCCUGCUCUCGUCUACCUGAGGCGCAGUGGCACCUUUCUUGCCUUUGCAGAGAAGAGGACCUCAUCUCGUGACAGUGAUGCCAAAGUCCUGGUUAUGAGAAGAGGGCUACAGAGAGAUGACGGAUCUGUUCAGUGGCUGUCCAGCGAGGAGCUGCCAAUGGCAUGCCUGCCCAACCACCGCACCAUGAACCCCUGCCCUGUGUUUGAGAAAAACACCAGAACUUUGUUUUUGUUCUUCGUAUGCAUCCUGGGCCACACCUCAGAGAACAGGCAGAUCAUCACAGGUAAGAACAAGACGCGUCUUUGCUACAUCAGCAGCGGCGACGAUGGCCACACCUGGAACGAGGCUGAGGACGUUACGCAGAGCGUGAUCGGAGAAACUAUCCACAAGUGGGCCACGUUCGCUGUGGGUCCGGGGCACGGCGUCCAACUGGAGAACGGGAGGUUGGUUAUCCCAGCCUAUGCCUACUACAUCCCAUACAGGUGCUUCUGUUUUCCCGUCCCUCACACUGUUUACCCGCGAGCGCUGACGGUCUACAGCACGGACUUUGGAAAGACGUGGCACAUGGGUAAGAUGCUCCACAAGAGAUCGUGCGAGUGUGAGAUGGCGGAGAUCAUAGAUCACGAGGGCCGAAGUCACCUGUACUGCAACGCUCGCAACUUCGGCGGCUACAGACGCGAGGCGCUGAGUGAAAACAGCGGCGUCUUCUUUGACAAACCUCGCAUGGCCCGGGAGCUGGUGGAGCAGCCCCGAGGCUGCCAAGGUAGCGUCAUCGGCUUCCCCCCACCCGAGUUCAUCCCCAGUGAGGAUGCAGAGAGCAAAGCGUCCGACACAUCACCUCUGUCUCCCGACACCCAAACCUGGCUCCUCUUCAUGCACCCAACAAGCAAGCACUGCCGGCGGGACAUGGGCGUGUACUUGAACCGAUCCCCGCUGCAUUCGAGAGGGUGGGACCGGCCUUGGAUCAUCCACAGCGGGCCCAGCGGCUACUCAGACCUGGCCUACAACCGGGAGAACGAUCAGUUCUCGUGCCUGAUGGAGUGCGGCAAAGAAAGCGAACUCGAGCAGAUUGCGUUCAUGUCGUUCACGCUCAAAGAGGUCAUGCAGACAAACAGGAAGACUUGCUGAAUGACUUCUGUAGCUGCCGGAAGCUUGUAAUCUAAGCAUGCACAAUGCUAUGCUACAUCUCUCUGUGUUGACCGUGUUCUUCUUUGCGGAAGUGCGCACGCAAGCAUGCAGGAGUCGUCUGGUCUGCUGUUGACUUCUUUACAUGGCAGUGUAAUGUAAGUCUAAUGUGCUACCGUAUUUCCUCAAAUAGUAGCUGGGGUACAUAUUUAUGCCUCCACAGUAUCAGAGGAAGCCUUGUACAAUGCUUUUUUAUCCGUACGUGCUGAUCUCUGGUAACUGGGAAUGCUUUAUCCUACUUUACAGUGAGAAUAGAAUGUGUAAUUUCCUCAAAUAAGCAGUUUCUAUUCCUGUUCCCUUUUAUUUUUAGUCCCCAUCAAUAAUGCAGUGCAGCAGAGGCAGAUUUAGCUCUCCAAAGCAGUAAACAAAAAUGGCGACUUGAGCCAUUGCUACUUUUACUCAAGUUGAGUCAUGUCACUGUCUUGAUGACGUGACAAAUACAAAAGGCUUGACACUUAGCUAACGGACUCCGCCGCCUGGAAGCUUGGCUCGCGGCCCGCCGACGGAGCUCGCUCGUCAGACUCCGCAUCAUUCCCGCCUGAAGAACCUUCCGAAUAUUCAACAAUAAUUACAGGCACAGGUUCAGAUCUAUAUGGAAGUAUUCCUCCGUCUUCCCAAUCAACCAAUACUUCUGUUUCUUCUUCAGAUGAGGAUAAAUACGAGAAAUCGGCGCUGGCCUUAAAUGGUGUCCCAUGUAAUCGAGCCUUUGUUGCGGCACGGUACACGUCACAUCCGCGCACGUAGGUCAUGUGACUUGCGAAAAUGGCAGCGCCGCUGAAAAUUCGUAAUUGUCAAUAAAAAAUCUCAAAACACAAUUAAAUGAGAGAGGAUUUGACAUCACGUUGUCAAAAUCGGGUACAUAUUACAUGACCUAUUGGAUACACUGUUCAUGGAAAGGACUUGAUUUCCCCUUUAACAAAAGAUUUCGGUGCGUAAUGGAGCAUAAGAAAACUUCGAAGUGGUCCAUAGUGGGACGGUGUCAUGAACCAGCGGCGGACCCAAAUGCAGGACUCCCAGGCAAAGGCACGAUGUUCAGAUUGGGUUUAUUCCCAACUAAGGUCAUACACUCUUUGAUCAGUCCAAGAAGGCAGAGGCACAAAAACACUAGGUUAAGCAAGAUCCAAAAAACGUGAAACAAGGACCGAUGACAAUGAAGCAAACUUAAGAAACAUAAGAUGUGGUCAAACUAAAAGGGCACAGACUCACUGUGACAAAGGAUUGCUCGACACUAACUUACGCACAGGAUGCAGUAAAACAUGCGUAACGAACUGGCAAAUGCCGAUUACACAUUUAUCACUGAAGUACUUGGUUCAUUAGUGUCCUGAAAUGCACACAGCUGUGACAACUCUCAGAGGUGGCACCGCCCAGGAAAGUGGCCUGGCCACACCCCUCACAGGAAGCGCCGCCCACCCCAGUGGCCAGGCCAGGACCACGACAGACGGAAAGCAUACAGUGGAUAUAAAAAGCCGGCACGCUCCAAGUUUUGCCGUGAUUAAAAAAAAGAUUUUUUUUAAUUACUUGAAUAAAAUGAAUGAAAUCAUUUUGAGAAAUAAAAAUAACAGAAAUAAUGUAAUCCAACCGGGUAUGUUGAGAUUUAACCAAUUGUUAAAAGGGAGUAGGCACGCAUUAAGUGCAUUUGAAUAACCCCAACUACUGUAAAGUUCAGAUGUUCUAGAAGGCUUUCUUUUACUUUUAAAUAGAGUUGCUCUCGUUAAACUUCACAUAAAGGGUUGAAAAUAUUUUGCAGUUAUGAAUGUCUCCUUUUUUGUGUCACAGAAACUUGGCAAUUGAGCAGGGGUUGCAAUGACUUUUUAUAUCCACUGCACUGUUAAUAGGCAAGCCAAGAGAUAUGGUUGAAGCACUUUUAUAAGGUAAAUGACUGACUUUGAUUAAGACGUGAGCUGUACUCUAAUUUCUACUCACGUUUGCACUUGCUGCGUGCCAAUAGAACUAUGGCAGUGUGUGGAUUGUGUGUCUCCUCUGAUAUUUAUUAAUUGUGAAGGCCACUAUUUGAGGAUAUACACUAAUUCCCUUGGAAUUAAGCAAUUUUGUGGGCUGAUAUUAAGCAUGCUGCUCUGCCAUUAACAGGCUUCUAAUGUGUGUUUGUGUGUGUAUGUACAUAAGUAUGUAUGUACUGUACGUGCGUGAGUGUGCAUGUAGCAUGCAUACUUGACAAGUGUUUCUUACCGCUUCCUGCAUCUUAUGAAACUAUCUACAUUUUGCAGAUUUUUCAUACCUCUUUUUAUUUUCCUUUAAUCGAGGAGUGUAGCAUUUCUCCAUGAUUGGCCUUUGCUUAAUUUCACUAUGCUUUACUGUGAUUCACAAAUGCCUUCUCGGGUCAUUCAGGCAUUUAUACGGGGGAACAGAACCAGUUUGUCAUGACAGAUCAUCAAACUGUGCCAAAUAUAAAUGAUUUCAAACCAA